GCAACCUAUGAACGUGGAAUACCUCCAGUGCUGGCCGUCUCCUUUUCGGAUAGUUCAAAUUUGGACUACGUUCCUCAGUUUCUGACGACGACCACAAUACCGCCGACAUCCACUGUUCUGACGAAUCGUUCGUGGUUUAUGAAUUUCCCGUCGACACCAACGCCUUCGCUAUUGAGCAGUCCAUCAACGGCUGCCUCAUCACCUCUGAUGCACAGUCCAUCGAAUGCGACGAAUCAAACGAACAAUAGCAAUAACAAUCCGUUGUUGUUACCGUCAUCCUCAUCAACGCUACUCACAACAACAAUAUCGAACAAUGACAACAGUAAUCUGAUGCUGCGUUCGAACACCCCUUCCAAAGGCGCUCUAAAAGCCUAUCCAAGCACACUUCAACCACAGAAACUAACCGAUCGUUGGACAUCAAUGGCCAACAACAGUGCUGCCUCAACAUCCAUUCUCGGCACUAACAAUAGUGGCUCAAUUGAUAAUACGCUUGAUAUGACUGCGAAUGCGCUACGUGUCCAACAACCGUGGAAAGUGAGUGCUUAUUCAUUUGACUGCAUUCAAUCAUACUCUUCAUAA